AGUUGAAACACUUGGACGUUUUUCGUUUAAACUUGGAGGUAUUUCUAAAUGCAUGGAUGGAUAUUAAGGGAGGAACGCAUGCGCAAAUGUCUGGAAAUAUAACACAAAACUUAAUUCAUUUGUUUUCGUAAACAAUCUAAUCUGUUGUUUCACAAAGCUUUUUGUCCUCCUCACCGGAAAACGCUGACAAGCAACUUCUGUGGUUCAAUGGAGGCAUUGUAACUUGUUUUCAGGGGGGGUAUAAGCAACUAAGGAAGAAGUAGGAAAAGUGUGGACUAUCCAUCAAUGAACUGAGAAAAGUGGGAGGACAGGCAGAGCAAUGGCUGAAAGGCAGAUGGAGAGAAAAGCGUCUGUUUACAGGAGCGUAUCUUUCAAAAAGUUGGAAAGCUGGAGCGCAAAGAAGCGCAGAUCAUUUGGAGAGGAUUUGGAGAGGUGCGGUGCCCUUCCCCCAGACGCUGCAGAGGCGACGCUCACUGUUACUGUAUCUAGAAAAGUUUCCAAAAUCUCCGCGGCCAGCCUCUCGACCGCAGACCUCAAGAAAGCCUGUCAUGGAAUAUCUCCCUCUGUACGCAAGCUCUCCGAGAAGUUUUGUUUGAGCUCCUCAGGCAACACUGGAAGCGUUCAAAACACAACUUCACUAGUUAAAAGUGCCGACGAAUCGUCUUCGCAUGACAGUGGCUGCUUAUCCAAGGAGUUUUUGGAGCCCACGUCAGAGAAACUCAAGCAUAGUAACAGAUAUUGUCCAACUCAAGAGUCUGUGUCAGGCUCAGAUUCGGACAGAGGAGAAAAACGUACAAUUCUCAAGACUUUGGGCUGCACCAGAGCAGGGAGCCCAACAUGCCAAUCUCAUCGUAGUUAUCACCCUUCUUAUGGAGAGACCAUUCAUGUUGAUGCUAACUGGCCAAGCGUUACUAAGAUUAGAGAACUAUUUGGGGAUGGAAGUAGAAAGCAACAUAGGUCAACUUCAGAUGCUGAUGACUUGAAAUCUGCUUGUCACCACCUCCAGCAUUCAUUUGAUGCUAAAGACAGCACCUUGAGCUCAGAUAAAAGUGUCACACAGCCCUCACACCUGCCAACAGGUCCCUGGCAAGAUACAAACAGCUCAGAUCAUGACAACAGUACACUGUAUGUAGACUGUUUGGCUCCAAAUUGCAAUAGAUACCACCAUUUAAGUGCUGAUUAUUCCUGUGAGUUUAGCAGCGGCACAAGCUGUUUGAAUUGUGACCUCCCCACAAAUAAUAGUGGAACCCAAAGCCCCAUUAGCAUUGAUCUUCAGCAGCGUUCUCCCCCAGAACCAACACCCCGCAGCAGAGCGAGCGCUUUGCCCCUCAGGUCUCACUCAUUUGCUCACCACUGGCAGCUGCAGGAGCACAGAAAGAGGGCAGAGCAGCCACAGCCACCAGAUAGCUUGCAUUCCUCGCAUAACUCCUCCAAACCACAGACAGGCCCCUCCGUGGAAAUAGCCGGAGCUCAGGAAAGACUGAGCUCUGGAGAAGAGAACGAGGAGUCGAGCAGAUGGACAGAAGCUAACACAAUUCUCACUAGCGACGGAAUCACCACGCACUUCCCUCAAAACAAGCAUGCUUACAGGGCUAAGUUAAGGGAACAGUCUUCAGGCAGUGAGGAGGACAGCCCUGCAUCGUUAGCUCAUCACAACAGGGACGUGAGACGUCGCUCACUAAGGAAGAAGAAGAAGAGCAGUUGCAGCCGAGAUAAUGAGGAUUCAGACGACAGCGACAACCAGCCUGUAAUGAUGGAGCACUUAGAAAGCUCCUCUGAUUCUCAGCCUGUGAGCCGCAGGAGUGAGGGCUUCAGAUCUAGAGGAUGUUUUACAGGCCUGUCUUGGACACGAGAUAACCAAUCUACAUGUUCACAUGUAUCUAAGGACACCUUUAGCCACUUUCAUAGAACUUUUGAGGGGCCAGCUGCAGGCAGCCCUGUUCCACAGGUGUCGCGGGUGUCAAAGGUCACCAUACCGUCAUUUAUAGCCAGUCCAUUGGGGUCAAGGAGUAGUAGCAGGUAUUCUAGCACAGAGACGUUAAAAGAAGAGGACCAGCCAGCCAACACCCACACCACUGGUGGGGACUCAUCAGCUGUUCUGAGUAAAACCUACCAUAGGAAUACCACCAUGUACCGCUCACCCAGUUUUGGCCAUGGAGAUAAUUUUUCCCGUGCCCCAGUUCAAGUUAAUUCUAGACUGGCACCCAGCUUGAAUCCAGUCAACUGUAAAACUGGCACUUUAGAAAACAGGGUAUUCCCCCAUUCUUUAAAUGAUGAGAAAGACAAGAACCGGAUCUCUAUGUCAAACCCUGACAUUGCCUCAGAAACGCUAUCGCUUCUUAGCUACCUUAAGACAGAUCUGUCAGAGUUGAGAAUGAGGAAGAAAGGGCAAGACAUUGAAGACAGUCCAAGCUCUGAGUUUCAGGGCAGUCAGGGCACAUCGGUAUACAGGAUGGGCUCCAGGGCACAUCGGCCGCACCCUGGACGGCCCUCCCUGAAAGACCUCACUGCUACUUUGAGGAGGGCAAAGUCAUUCACAUACUCUGAGAAGCCAGUAGUGCAGCGAUAUUAUGGAAGUGGGCCAGGUUUGAGGAGUUCCUCAGAGCAGCAGCUAGACUGUGAAGGAAGUGGAGAGCAGGUGGUAGUUCCUGACCGGGAAGUGGAGAGUGAUGACUGUAGGAGUGCCUGCGGUUACGACGAGCCAAUGCCAGCCCCUCUGCAAGACCGCUAUGUGCAGGAAGCGAGACAGGUAAUAAGGGAUAUCUGUCAAAUGGGUGAAAUUAAGGAUGACGAUGAUUAUGAGGAAGAUAGUUUCAAGAUAAAAAAAGAUGAGGCUAAACAAGACACUGAAUUAGAAGAUAAGGCAAAUCAAGAGAGGAGGCUUGAACAUACUGUUUUUACAGUGUGUAAGGAAGGAGAAACUGACAGAGAAAGUGGAAAAUGUUUACAGAAGGGAAAUUCAGAGGAGAAUGUGUUCUGCGAUAAGUCAGUGGAUGAGCUCUCUGGUCAUGAAUCUAGCCUGACAGAUGAAGGAAUUGUCACAGAGCCAGAGGUGGGGUUGUAUGGGGGGCUAUCCUGUGGUAAAGAUCUGUUAAGUCAAACCCUCAAUGUUUGGAAUCAGUCAGGGUUGUAUGAGGAGCUUUUGCCUGAUACAACACUAGAGGAAUCUCUUUCAUCUCAGAUUCCUUCAGUUAGGACAGAGUAUGAGGGAGUAGCCAUAGGAGGAGACAUAAGCAGCAGUAAAAAUGUAAACCAGGGGGCUUUAGAGGCUCCGUCUACUCCCAGCACUAUUCGCAGGCGAAGGAAAUUCUCCUCAGCAGGCAACUACGGCUCAGAAUCCAGCAAUGGUAGUAAUGGAGAGUCAAACGGUGAGUCUGCAUACCGCUCGUUGAGUGAUCCCAUGCCUCACAGAAGUUGUUCGAUUGCAGAAGACAGCGGAAAGAGCUUCUCUAUGGAUAGCAACUUGCUUGGUUCACUGUCUUUAAACUCCAAAGUGGGUUGUGGUGUGGACUCCUCAGCAGCAGAUCUGUCUGAGUAUACAGGCAGUGCUGCAAGUGACCUCUCUCUGUGUAGUGAGAGUCUGCGAGAUUACAGCACUGUGAUUCAGAGCAUUGUGUGCGAACCAGGUGCGAUGGACAAUCUCAUCGACGAGAAAGUGAAUAGCAAGGCCGUGAAGAAAAAGAGCUUUAGUGACCCCAGUAGACGAGGGGAACUGGCAGAAACAGUCCUAGAAUUUCAGAGGCAUCACAGUGAGCCAAUAAGCGAAUUAGAACAAUCCAUACCACCUUCUAGUAGUGAGCCCAUCUUAUCGGAGCAAAGAGAUGAGCUGUGGGCGCUAAACAACGAAAAACGACAGAUUUAUUGUACCAACAGGAGGCCUCGUUCCCAGUCUGAGCAUGUUUUGCCCUCCCAUUUUGGUCAUAAUGGAGAAACAAAAGCGGAGGACGAGCCCUCCUUUCCCUUUGACCCAAAGCUAGCUCAGGUUUUGUCUCCUUGCAUGAGUCGCAGAACCUCCAAGAAACGCACAAACCGCUUUACUCACCAGGUGUCUUGUGAUGAAGGGGAUCACUUAGAGGAACAAGUUGAGGAGCCAUCUUCUGAGGACCACCCAGACUCCACAUCCAUCCUCCCUAAUAUUUCACCCCCAAAGGCCAGGUCCAAGCAUGUGCGUCAUGCCAGUGAACCUGCCACAUUUGUGCCAAUCGUUCCUUCAAAUGCCCACAUCUCCCAGGACCUUCAGAGGUCUGGUCAUGUCCCUGAGUCUCCACCACCCCUCAAAAUAGUCCAGGGGGAGGAUGCUCCAUCAUUACAGGACGUCACUGAGCAAUACAUCUUGGCUCUGAAACCUCCGGAGGGCCUGGCGGAGACCCCUACAGCCCCUGGUGGGGUCGCACCAGAGGGCAGAAGGUCAACACCUUCAGUGCCUACUGCCACUGCUGAGCCACAACUAGAGAGGAAGUCCAGCGAGGAGCUCACCACUGCCCCUCUGAAGGCCAAACCAAGAGUGGAUAUGAGAAAACAUGUCAUAAUGACACUACUGGACACAGAACAGUCUUAUGUUGAAUCUCUACGCACACUCAUUCAGGGCUACAUGAAGCCACUCAAGCACCCAGAGAGCUCCCCUCUCUGUGACCCGUCUCUGGUGGAUGAAAUGUUCUACCAGAUCCCAGAGAUUCUGGAACAUCACGAGCAGUUCCUGGAACAGGUCCUGGACUGUGUCAACCAAUGGCACGACAAACAGACGGUCGGACACCUGCUCAUUCAGUCUUUUUCCAAAGAGAUCCUUGCCAAUAUUUAUUCAGCAUACAUUGACAACUUCAUGAACGCCAAAGACGCUGUUAGAAUCGCUAAGGAGGCCAAACCUGCUUUCCUUAAGUUUCUAGAGCAAAGCAUGCGUGAGAACAAAGAGAAACAAGCUCUUGGUGAUCUGAUGAUAAAGCCAGUGCAGCGGAUUCCACGAUAUGAGCUGCUAGUCAAGGAUCUUCUAAAACACACCCCUGAGGAUCACCCAGACUACUCGUUUCUACUGGACGCUCAGAAGAACAUCAAACGACUAGCUGAGAGGAUCAACACGGGCCGACGUAGCGCAGAGGAGCUGGAGAGAGAGACUCGCGUCAUGCAGGAGAUAGAAGCUCAUAUAGAGGGCAUAGAACAUAUCCUGAAUCCUCAGAGGAAGUUUCUUAGACAAGAGAUGGUCGUAGAAGCGAAAACGGUGGGGGGUAAGAAGGACCGAUCUCUCUUCCUCUUCAGUGAUCUGCUCAUAUGCACCACUCUAAAGAGAAAGUCAGGAAGUCUUCGCAGAAGUUCCAUGAGUCUGUAUUCUGCUGCUAGUGUCAUUGACACCUCAAGUAAAUAUAAGUUCAUGUGGAAACUGCCCUUGGAAGACUUGGAGGUUGUUAAAGGCUCUAAUCAAGCCACAAACCGAGAUAACAUCCAGAAGAUUAUCAGUCGUUUGGAUGAAGACCUUAGCACACUUGGCCAGAUCAGUAAACUGUCAGAAACACUUUGUUUUCCACAUCAGAGUUUGGAUGAUGUGAUAAAGGAUCUGAUGGCGUCAGUUCAUCGUGAGCUGGCUGAGAAGCAGUCUCUGGCCUUCAGCAUGACGUUAUUGCCCACUAAACUCGAGCUGAGCACCACCUCAUCUGAGAACAUCUUCAUAUUUGAGUUCAGCAGUCCUGAUGCCCGCAGUAACUUUGAGCAAGCGUUUGAGGAGGCCAAAAAGAAACUCGCCAUGAACAAGGACCAGUGGGACCCUGAGUUUCUGAAGGCCAUCCCCAUCAUGAAGACCCGCAGCGGGAUGCAGUUUUCCUGCGCCUCGCCGAGUCACAGCUGUCCAGAGAACACGUAUGAGGUGUGGGUGUGUAACAGCGACGGUUACGUGGGUCAGGUGUGUCUGUUAAACAUCCGCGAUGAGCCAACAGUGGAGGCUUGCAUCGCUGUCUGCUCGGCUCGCAUCAUUUGCAUCGCAGCCGUACCGGGCCUGAAGAACAGUAGAGAACGUGUUGGCAAUUCAACUCCCUCCGUCCCAUCUGAGUCAAACCCUACGGCCUCUACUCAACCCCAGCUCCACAUCUCUAUCUCUGGCUCAUCUCUGGAGCUCAGUGAGCCCACUGUAGUACCUGCGGCAGAGCUCGUGCCUUUCGACAGCGAUGACACGGAUGAUGAAGACUCUCCCAGUCCUUCAUCCACACUGCAGAGUCAAGCGUCCCAUUCCACAAUCUCCUCCAGCUUCGGCAAUGAUGAGGCAGCGGUGUCUAAAGACAUGGCCACAGAGACAACCAGCUCUGAAGAGGAGCAGGAGUUUCCUGUGCCCAGCUCAUUUGGAGCCCCUCGGCUCAGUGCAGACAGUCCCAUGGACGGUCGGGCCAUGCGACGGUCCAGUCGAGGGUCUUUCACCAGAGCCAGCCUGGAGGAUCUGCUCAGCAUUGACCCAGAGGCGUACCAGAGCUCCGUUUGGCUCGGGACUGAGGAUGGCUGUAUUCAUGUGUACCAGUCAUCAGACAACAUCAGGAACCGUAAGAACAGCAUGAAGAUGCAGCACUCUGCUUCUAUCCUCUGUAUACUGUAUCUUGAUAACAAAGUAUUUGUGUCUCUGUCAAACGGGGAGGUGAUAGUGUAUCACAGAGAGGCAGGAAGUUUCUGGGACCCCCAGAGCUCUCAGACGCUGUGUUUGGGUUCUUCAAGUGGACCUGUGACCAAAAUGGUUCCAGUGGCAGGAAAAUUGUGGUGCGGCUGUCAGAAUAGGGUCCUUAUCGUGAACACCAGCACAUUAACACAAGAGCACUCAUUCCAAGUGGGUCAGGACAGCGGGCGCUGUGUCACCAGUAUGGUGUGCUAUGGCAAAGGCGUGUGGAUUGCUCUGCAGGGCAGCGCUCAGGUGCGGCUGUAUCACGCCUCCACCUACGAGAGUCUGACGGAGGUUGACGUGGCCCCAGCUGUGCACAAGAUGCUUGCAGGUUCUGAUGCUAUUAUCCGGCAGCACAAAGCAGCGUGUUUGCGGAUCACCGCUCUGUUAGCCUGUAAAGACCUGCUGUGGAUUGGAACCAGUGCAGGGGUCGUUCUGACUCUGACUAUCCCACCCGUGUCCUCUGGCACUUGUCCGGGCUCUCUGCGUGCUCCCCUCCUCCCCAUGGGCUCCGCUCACGGCCACACCGGACACGUCCGAUUCCUCACGUGCAUAGAGCUGCCCGAGGGCUUCGAUGUCAACUUCCCUCCUCAGUCAGAAUCAGUGAACUCCACACAGAACAACUCUGAAAACAACGCUGGAGGUUUGCAGAGACAAGACUCCGCCCGCCGGCGUGCCUCCACCCUGCUGCCCGUCAAAUCCAACCUGCUAGUCAUCAGUGGCGGUGAUGGCUAUGAAGAUUUCAGACUGACCAAUAGCAGCGAGACGGUGGGGCGGGACGACAGCACCAACCACUUACUGCUGUGGCGCGUGUAACAGAAGUCCCGCCCCUCCACAGAAGCCGCUGGACUAGCUCACGCACUUCCCCCUGAAACCCCAUCCCUCCUUGUUCUCUGAUGCAUCAUGCACAACUGUGUAAGACAUUAAAAAAUGGGGUGUUUGUUUUCGUUAUGUUGUGAUUUGGGUCAAGGCUCUCAGUCAUUUCGUUUCUUGGUGUAAGAAAUCGAUUGCGCUUGUCAUGUGGUGUUUCCUGUGGGCGCUUUUAAAUAUCGUGUUACUCGACAAAUCCUUAGAAACUGCUUUAAAAGCAGACAUAAAAUUUAAGGAUGAAUUGACAGAAAAACAAGAAAGAAAGAACAUGGACUUUGUAUAAGAAACCAUUAGUAAGUGGAAAAGGGAAUAAUUCACCCAAAAGUGAAAAUCCUGUCAUUAUUUACUCACCCUCAUGUUGUUCCAAAACAGUUUGACUUUAUUUCCUUGGUGGAGCACAAAACGAGAAAAGGUAAAGAAUAUACUGGCCACCUGUACUGCACAUUUCCAUAAUACGUUAUGAAACGAAAAGUGAUUGCGGCUGUUGAGCUCAAGAAUUACAACAAAUUAAGCAACAUAAAAGUGCCACUUGUAGGAUAUAUUCCUAAGUGUUUAGAAGCCACAAACUAGCUUGGAGUAAAAAAAAAAAAAGACUGAAAUUUCUCUUCACUGUAGCUCUUAAAUCAAAUACUGUAUAGCGUCGUCAAUCGCAAUGCUUCAAAUUUGAAAAUGCGUAAGAGCGAAUGGGAGCUACAGCAGAGGGAAAGAUUAUCAAUGAAUAACGACUUAAAUUUCAAUCUGUUUCUAAUCAUAUGGCUUCAGAAGACUUGGAAUAUAGAGCUCAAGUCGAAUAGACUACUUUUAUGGUACUUCGUUGAUAUUUUUCAAUAAGCUUAACCGCCACAGUCCUCAUUUACUUUUAUAAUAUGGAAAAGAGCAGGCAGUACAUUCUAUAACAUUUCUUAUUUUGUGUAUCUCCUAAAUAAAGUAAGUCAUAUGGGUUUGGAACAACAUGAGGUUGAGUAAACGAUGACAGAAUUUUCAUUUUUGGGUGAACUUUUCCUUUAAUGUUUUUACAAGAAAGAUGGUCAAAGUUUCAGAUAGAUGGAGAGCAUUUGAAAUGCAUCACAGGAGGCAGGGUGGAUUCUGACAGAAGAAAAGAUGAGGUUUUGUUAUCCCUCUGCACACUUUUACAGUCAGAGUGGCCAACUACUGGUCUUUACUGACUGUGAUUUCAUUCGAGAAUGAAGAUGUUUUUGUUAAAAAACCUCUCAAUUGCGCCAUUCUGGGCAAGAUGAGAGUUAUUCGUAAGUAACCAAUGUGCAAUAUAUGGCUAGAGUACCUACAAACUGCUAUAAAACACACACACACACUGUUUAGCCGCACACACACUUUACUAUUCUUCAGUAAUCAACAGACUCGCAGUCAGAGUUAUUAAAAAUUUUCACUUUAUUAUUUUGGUUAUUGAAUCAUUUUGUAUGUAUAAAAAAUACUUUUUCUCUACAUUAUGUAACAGAACAGCAAUGACAUUCCAUUAUAUAGGUAUUGCGACAAAAAUCCUUUUGUACAGUAUUUAUGUUUUUUUUUCCGGCUUUAUUCGUAGCUAAGUUUUGGGGGUUUUAGCACUUAAUUUAUAAAUAUGAUAGUCUGGCGUUUUUCUCUACCGACAUAUUUUGUCGCACAACUCGGAUUUGAGUCAGUGAGGUCGUGUUUUGUGAGUUCAAUUCCAUUUUUUUAAAAACAUUAUUACCGCAAAUCUCACAAAGAAAUUACGGGGUCAUAUUUCGCCCAAAUAAAAAAAAAAAAAAGAAAAGAAAUUAUAUUGUGCGAAAAUUUUUAAUGGGAAAACAAAUUUCGCAAUGCGAAAGAAAUCUUCUAAAAUAGGCUUAAUUUUCUUUAUGCAAAAUGUCAUAUUUUUUAUUUUAUUUUGUUUUUGAGGUUACCCGGGCAUUUCUUGACAGUUUUUAUGAGAUUCACCCUAUGACAGCUAUGUAAUUUAUUAAUGAUUGUUUCCAGCAAAGGGAAUUAAAUGAUAUCGAUAUUAAUUCUGACAUGUUACAAAAUGCAGAUUUGACAUGAAGUGUUUUGAGUUCAAGACAGACACCCUGUGCUUGUUUGUUACUGUGUCUGUGUACAGAAGAUUAUGACACAUAGAAUCAAGACAUACAGGUUACAGCCCUUCUGUUCAUUGUGGAGAUUGAUAUAACUGCCAAACCUCUCUGUUUGCACCUCCUGCCAACAGGUUAAUUGAUUUCCUCUGUGAGCAACUUCAGCUGCCUUAGUUUCUCUGGUAAGAGCCAAACCUCCCAAACACACCCAAAUGUGCACUCACCUAAAUCUAAAACCCACUGAAAUCCCUGUGAUUCAUCUAGAAGGAUAUGAGGUCAUGUGAUUUGCUCUAACCGCCUCAAGGAAAUUCACAGCUAUAAUUUGAAGGCUUCAAUUUGUUUGUAGACAUGAAUGUUAGUGCCAAGAACUUGUGGUCUAAUUCUUUACCUCGAAAAGGAAACUGUCAAAGCAUGUCAAAGCUUAUUUUGUGAAAAUAAGAAUCGACUUUGCCUUUCUUAAUAUGUACAAGAUCCUUAAUGAAUCAUAUUUUCAUAAAGCCUGCAAUGGGAAGUUUUGCUUUUUAAUCAAAUAUCUCAAUCAAAUCGAGUCGAGUCUUACUGUAAGUAACCCUCUAUUCCCUUUCAGGUGAAAGACGUCCUCAGUGUUUAUUGUAAAUAUUGGUAUAUAUUGCCUUUUCUCUGUACAUAGUGUUCUCACUGUCCACGAUUGUCCAAAUGAAUCUAAUUGCAUAUUUUUAUAAGUAUUUUGUCUAUUGUUUUUUUCCUUAUUUGGCAUGUGCCGUCUCAUUUAAAUUAAAACUAUUACAGUAUUUUAAAAGAAGAAAAAACCAGCUGUAACAGUUGAUGUGCUUAUUUCACACUGUUUUCCUGUUAAAUGUCAUAUUUUGUCACUGUGGGUUUCUUUGUAAUUAAACAUUUCACUGAUGCCAGA